GUAACCCACCUCGCUACUACUUCGAGCUGCCUCUAAUAUAGCAACCACACGGCCCGGAAAUGGCAUCCGUUUUGCGCGUACUCGCUCUCCUCCUCGUGGCCGCCGCGGUGGCGGACGCCGCGAGCAUCGUGGUGACCAACAAGUGCGCUUACACCGUGUGGCCGGCGGCGCUGCCGGGCGGCGGCACGGUGCUGAACACCGGGGAGUCGUGGCCCAUCGACGUGCCCGCGGGGACGCGGAGCGGCCGCGUGUGGGGCCGCACGGGGUGCGGCUUCGUCACCAACGGCACGCUGGGGCAGUGCCAGACGGGCGACUGCGGCGGCACGCUGGCGUGCAGCAAGGUCGGGUUCGAGCCCAUCACGCUGGCCGAGUACUCGCUCGGCGGCACAGGCGCCGACCGGUUCGACAUCUCCCUCGUCCACGGCUUCAACGCGCCCAUGUCGUUCCUCCCGGCCAGCGGCGGCGGCGGCGGCGCCAGGUGCGGCCGCGGCGGGCCGUCGUGCCCCGUGCAGGAGAUCACGUUCGACUGCCCCUCCGAGCAGCGGCGGGUGGCCGGGUGCGGCAACCCCUGCGACGGCAAGAGCAGCAGCUGCGGCCCCAACAACGGGACGGAGUACUUCAAGAAGGCGUGCCCGCAGACGAUCACGUACCCCCGGGACACGACCAACACCGUCUUCACGUGCCCGGCCGGGACGAGCUACGAGAUCACCUUCUGCCCGUGAGAAACCACGAGCUGGCAAGCGAGCUAGCGAGCUGAGCCACCGACACGUACGGAUAGGAUCGGAGCUCGUGAUGGAUUUUGGUCCUGCAUGGGCUCUCUCUGCAGCUCGUGUUUGCGUACGUAUAUGUAAACAUCGGUUUAUAGAUCAUCAUCUUAUGAUGUCAUCUAUAUAUAUUAUAUAUUUCUGGAUGAUAUCAGGUUACUUAAAACCUGAACCGAUUC